AUGCCAACUCCAAUCCCCCAUUUCCUCCUUCCCCGAGGCCUCCCAACAGCCCGGACCCUCCGCACCCUCCAACACCGCGGCCUGAAUGCCAACUUCUCCACAACCAGCGCGGUUUACCGUAUGAACAAGGCCAAGCCUGAGACAAGAAAGAACCGUAUUCUCGAAAAGCCAGACAAGUUCCGGCCUCCAUCCCACCCGCAGCGCAUUGUUAGCCCAGCCGUCCGCACGCCAUCCGGUCAACCAGUUAACUAUGGACCGCGUCUUACUGCCAAGGAGCGCGAGGAACAGGAUAAGAAGCAGUAUCCUAGUAUGUUCCCGCCGGAGGGAACUGUUAUGUUUAAGUUCUUGACUAGUCGGUGGAUUCAUGUUUGGAUUGCGAUGAGCAUCCUAACAACCCUCGCAACAUUCACCUUCACGACAAAUUUCAAAGCAAGCUCCCCCUUCGCACACCUUCUACCCCCCUGGUCAGGCCUCCUCACUAGCCCCUUCGAGACCAUCUCCCAGGCUCUGAGUGUCUACCGGAUGCACGUGCAACACGAGUCUAUGCGCGUGCGCGAGAAGCGUCAUGCCCGGAUUGAGGACGCUGAGAAGCGGAGACAGUACCGGAUUGCGCAUGGGCUUGAGGAGCCAGCCGAGGAGGAGAAGGAGGUUGUUGCUAUUGACGAUCAGAGCCCUAUUGCUGCUGAUGUUGCGACUGAGGGUGCUCCCAAGCAGGGCGAGUAUGUUGAUUUUGACGGGAAGAGGAAGCCUGUUAAGAAGUGGCUUGGAAUUUGGUAG